AUGGUAUUCACAGGCCGUCUCACGACCCAACCCGACUUUUGUGACUAUUCUCCGCGCAGGCCCCGUGUUCCUGUUUUCGACUUGGCAGCCAAGAUCGGUGCGGCUCUCGAACAAGCCUUUUGCCUGUCUUCUGCCGACGCAAAGUGGCUGUUGGCGUUGCGACCGCGUCUGGGCGAUAGGUAUCGCUAUCUCACGGCGAUGGUGUUCGAUGGUGUUGGGCGGCCUGGGAUCGUCCGUCGUUGCUUUCCCGCUAGAGAGCACUGCCACCUUCAUCAACCGUCGCUCCCCGCAUGGGACCCGCGCGCUGACCCGCGAGCGCUCUCCAAUUGCCACGACUCGGCACAUUUCCGUUUUCCCUUGUCGUUUGCUUCUUCCACGACUUCCUGCCGACCUCAGCCUGUCCUGCUUCGUGUCGUGGUGGACCGCAUCCCUCGACAAGCGCCAGACGGCCAACGCACGUACGCACUGCCAGACCCAGAUUCACCCACUCGACCACAUUCCAUAGCCCACAGCCCCGAGCUGUCGGAUUGCGCCCAUCGAUUGUCGCCCAGUCGAUCUGGAUUACUAAGAUCUGCCGUUGUAUCCCGACAUUUGCGCGGUCUCGUACAUCUGCACCUACCACACCCGGCGCGUGCAUCCGUUACUCCGUCCGCUUCCACGUCGGCUAGAUCCUUCUUAUCGAGACUCAAGUCGCCCUUGUCGUCCAAGUCGCGCAACUACACCGAGUUCUAUAUCCAGUCCGAUGAUCCGCAUCGCCAGUAUGCACCGGGGGAUAUAAUCAGCGGAACGGUCAUAAUCAAAAUCGUAAAGCCGCUGAGGAUAACGCAUCUCGUGGUAUCUUUGCACGGCUAUGCGCAGGUGUUCAAGAACCCUAAUGCACCAGGAGACGCAUACAAAGCUUAUAGCACCACGGUUGGAUCUGGCAAAGGGAAAAAGGCAGGAAGCUAUUUUGGCAAUGGCUUCGUUUCACUUUUCGAAGAUGAGGUAGUCCUCUGUGGCGAGGGCCGCCUCUCUGAAGGUGUGUAUCACUUCAAUUUUGAGCUUGAAUUUCCUUCGAAAGGACUGCCGAGUAGCAUUGAUUUUGAGCGGGGCACGGUAGCAUACAUGCUAACCGCGACCUUGACACGCCCCACUACCAUGUCCCCGACGACCUCAUGCGAUGCAAAGGUCUCGCUUACGGACACGAUCGAUAUAGCUCCAGUGCAGAUUCCAAAACCACGAGUCAUUUCUUUGGAGCCGAUUUCGAGGCGCACACGAGCCAAGCCCUCACGCAAGCGACCAGGUGGUGCCUCGUCGGCAGCGACAACACUAGAUGGUGGGAAACCCAGGACCCCAACCGGGCCGGACAUUCCUCAGAUUCGACCCAUAUCAGGCUCCAACAGUACAGUUGAUAAGAUUGAUAAGAAUGAAGGCCCGCGGAGUCCAUCGCCUAGUGACGUUAGUUAUGAGAGUCAGAUGAGCAGCGGUGGUGCAUCAGGGACAGAAUAUGGUAUCAGGUCUGUGCACACCACCACAGAUGGGGGGACCCAACAAGCUGGCAGCCGAGCAGCAAUACAGGGAAAAACGAUCACCGCCACCAUCGACGUACUGAAGGGCGGAUUCCUUCGCGGCGAUCAAAUACCCAUCAGAGUCACGGUGAAGCACACGAAACAUGUUCGAAGCCUAAAAGGAAUCAUCAUCACGCUCUACAGGCAAGCACGUGUCGACAUGCAUCCUGCCUUACCUGUUGCGCCCAAUAGCAAAGGCGACAAGACCAAGUCAGAAGAGUACUACCCGAAAUCUAGGACUGGCCUGGGAGGCCUCUCUCUUUCGUCAGCCGGAUCGAGCCAUGUCUUUCGGAAGGAUUUGUGCCAAUCGUUUGCGCCGCUCUUCGUGGAUCCAAGAACUCUUACAGCAGAGGUGAAGUGUAGCGUCCGUGUACCUGAUGAGGCCUUUCCAACGAUUUCCAAUGUCCCAGGCGCUAUGAUAUCGUUCAAGUACUACGUCGAAGUAGUUGUGGACAUACAAGGCAAAUUGACCGGGCUCGAUCGUAUGGUGGCUAAUGCAGGCCUCGUCAACGUACCAUCGACCUCUGGGGGCAAUUCUGGUUCGCGAGACGAUAAUGCGAGCAACAUGUUCUCAACUUGGGGUGGCAAUUUCGUCGACACUGACCAGAUACGGCGAGAAAAAGGAGUUGUGUCUGCUCUUUUCGAGGUCAUCAUCGGCACAAAAGACAGCGAGCGUAGUGGGAAGCGAAAGCAGACGGAUCAGUCGGGCGGAGAAGCCCAGAACGGGAUCCAUGAGUUUCAAUUGAACAAUGGUCAUGACGUCAACGCGGCGCACGAUUACGAAGAUGAGUACUACGGUUACGACGAGAAUGGCCACUACCAUGAGAACGGACAGUACUAUGACUACAAUUACGAUCCAGCAGACUAUGAGGUUCCCGGCUACGACCAACAUGGUGGAGUGUCCAAUGGAGCGUUCCAUGUGCCGCCAGGCUUAACAGCAGAAGAGACUGGCUUGUCUGAAAAGGAACAACUGCGGCGUGCUGAAGCACGUCUGCUGCCAUCACAACCUCCAGGGGCCGGGCCAUCAGCAGCAGCAUCGCAGUUUGUACCACAAGGUAUACCAGCCUCUGCCCCCAUCAUCCCAGAAGACGAAGAUGCAAAUCCACCUUACUCAGCCGCCGCAUCAUCUGCGUCAACAUCUAUACAUUUACUCCCACCCUUCCGCACAACCUCCAGCCCUUCCAUACCCUCAUACACACCUCUGCCACCCCAACCCAGCAGAUCAGGCGUCACAAAUGUCGCAACUUCAUCAUCACAACAUUCCCUACAAACCCCCAGCUCAUCACAAACCCCAACCCCCCGCCAACCAGCCCUCUUCGCCCCACCUCUCACCCACACCAACACACCGUCCCCUCAAUCCGCCCGCUCCUCGCACGACCCAUCCCCGGACUAUUAUUCCUCUAAUGCAUCUCCACACGUCCACCCCACAGACGAUAAAUUCGAACUCCAACGCCGUCGCCUCGAAUUGGAACGCAGCGCCCCGCCAACCGAGCACGACGAGGAUGUAGAUGGACAUGGAGGUUUGCAAGCGUCUGGUCUGGGGCCUCCUCCGCCGCUUGUCAAUGGUGUGCAGGGUCUUCAUUUGCCGCCUUCGGCUCCGGUGCUGGAGGAUGGGGAGGGGGAGGAGGAUGUUGGUGAGGCGAGUGGUGGUGGUGGUGCGACGGAUGCCACGCAGGCGCAGAGGAGUAAUAGGGUUAGUGAAGUUUUGCCUGUGUAUCGGCGUUGA